AUGAGGUAUGGAGUCAUCGUGCCAUCUGCUGCUGACCAAGACGAUGCAAUAUUCAAUGCAAACUUCUUGGAUCCAUUGGUGGCAGGCGAAGAGGAAGAUGUUCAUAGACACGCUCUAUCUGCAACAGACGUUGAACCGCCAGAUGAUGUGAAUAUUCUUGUAAAAGAAAGCAUCGAUCAGAUGAUCGAGUGGUUGAAGGAAGCACCUGUUGCUGUUGGAGAUCGUGAACCACAGCCGAGGAUCAUCCCUAUCCUAUGGAAUUCACACAAUCCAAAGGAAGAAGAAGACUUAGCAGUCCGUCUUGCACAAGAAGUGUACCAACAUCCCUCCUUGGUGGCCUCAUUUGAUUGCAAGGCCUGGAUACGCGUCGGAAGGAGCUGUGAUCUACACCAUAUAUUGCAGGAAAUACUUGUAAAAGUAGAACCCCUUCCAAUUCCAGAUGUAGAAGAAAACACGCUGAGGACCGAUACAGAUCAAAGUUCGGAAACAACAGUGGGUGAUGAGGCCAUGGAACUCGCCAAGAAACCUCUGGACUAUCUGAAAGGUAAACGUAUCUUGAUUGUUCUUGACAAUGUGCCAGAGAGACUACCAUGGGAUAACAUACGAUCUGCUUUAUCUCAUAGUAGCUAUGAUUGCUCUCCCGGUAGCGCUAUAGUCAUCACGACAUGGUCAGAUGAUGUAGCAAAUUCAUCGUCUCCGUACAAGAUAUUGAAACCACAAAGUUGUUUUUUUGUUUUCUACGAUAAAGCAAGGGAGCUUACUGGUGGAUCUGAUAACAACACUAUGGAGAAUGUAGGGCGUAUCUUAGGAGCAUGUUACCCUGAGGUCUUCGCAAUGGAAAUCUUCCUACAUCUUCUGCAUGUCAAUCCGAACAGGAGUAGGACACAGCUAGGCAACUUUGUGAAAAAAUUACCAGAUUGUGGGUCAUACAAGAGAGCUGCAAAGCAAAUGGUAAGAUUCUCGUACAAUGACUUGCCAACCAAGUACAGGAGCUGCUUGUUGUACCUAGCUAUCUCUCCAGAGAAUAACCGCAUUAGGAGAACAACUGUAUCUAGAAGAUGGAUAGCUGAAGGCCUCAUAGCUACAAGAGAGAAUCGCCCGGAAGAUGAAGCUGAUCGCUGUUUUGAUGCCCUCGUCUCCUGGGGACUUAUUAAUCCUGGUGAAAUCAGUGAUGCAGGCAAGAUCAAGAGCUACACAAUGCAUCAUGUGGUUCGUGAAGUCAUAGCCAGGAUUGCUAAAGAUCUAAACUUUGCCAAUUCAGACCUGUCGCCUGAUUUGGCUCGCCACCUUCCUGUUCACCAUGGAAUAGGACUGCAAGCUUCUCAUUACAGUUAUCCUGUGGCAUCUGGUGGCAAUGGCAUCGUAGCACUUCUUCCAUAUCUGUCCAAGUCAUCCCAGUGGCAGCUAUUGAGAAUGUUGGACCUAGAAGGCUGCAAAGGCUUGAAGAAGCAUCAUUGGAAGAGCAUCUGUAAGAUAUUGUUGCUCAAGUACUUGAGCCUCAGGAACACGGAUGUCAGUCAACUGCCGAAGAAAAUCGAGAACUUGCAGUGCUUGGAGACUCUGGAUAUCCGGCAAACAGUGGUGAGGGCAUUCUCCACAAAGUCAGUCAUCCUUCCAAUGCUGAAGCAUCUGCUUGCUGGCCAGACAGAUUCUCCAAGCAACAACACUGAUGGGUUUAAGGAGUCGUUUACAACAGUGCGCCUUCCUAGUGGCAUCCGAAGAAUGGUAAAAUUGGAGGUGUUGUCCCAUGUUGAAGUUUCCGACAAUGUUGAUGGUUUAGUUGACAUUGGCCAGCUGCUACAGCUGAGGAAUCUGGGUCUAGUUCUCCAUGGUAACAAUGGUUGCUUGGGUCUUGUACUUCAACAGGUGGAGAAGGUGUGUGCCUGCCUCCGCUCUUUGUCAAUCCGAGUGAACAAACUGGACAGAAGUGAGGGUAGUCAUGAUGGGGAGGAGGUGUUUGAACUAACCUCACCUCCAAAACUUCUUGAGAGCCUAAACAUCAGUGGCAUCACAAGUGGGCUUCCUGUCUGGAUUGCAGAGCUCGAUCAACUUUCCAAGAUAACAUUAAGUGAGACUUAUCUGGGCGAAGCUGCAGUACGCACACUUGGAAGGCUUAGAAUCCUGCGCUGCCUCAAGCUGAAGUGCAAGUCAUUCGCCCAAAGCGAUCUCAGCUUCAAGGAAGAAGAAUUCCAGAGUCUCAAGUCUCUGGUCGUUGAGGGAAGUGACAUCACCAGCAUUACCUUUGAUGCGGGAGCGGGUCCUCAGCUCGAAAUGAUUGUCUGGUCUUUUGCCAAAAUGGAUUCAAUUUCUGGAAUCCACCACCUUCCCGGGUUGAAGAAGCUGGAGCUGAACGGUGACUGCAACCUGGACCAGGUGAGUGAAGCAAUGGAAAAGCAUCCCAACCGUCCUUGUUUCAAGCAUAAUGGACAGCAUCAACACCAAGAAGCUGGAGCAAUGGCUGCUGCCUCGUCUGCAUGA